CUGUUGUUGAAGGCGAGAGAAGAGGGUGGUCGGAUAGGGUUGGGGUCUGUUUGGGCGGAGGUGAGGAGGUUAGGGUACUUGGCAGGUCCAAUGGCGGCUGUGACUUUAUCUCAGUAUCUAUUACCCAUCAUCUCUGUUAUGAUCGUUGGGCAUUUGGGUGAGCUUUAUCUCUCCAGCACCUCCAUUGCUGUCUCUAUUGCUGGUGUCACUGGCUUCAGUUUUAUGGGGAUUAAAGUCAUUUGUCCAAGCAAGGAAAUAUCCAAAAGAUCAGCUAUGUAUUGUGACCUCCUAGUAACAGCUUGGUGUGAUGCCCUCUUUGGUAUUGCUAUGGCAGCAGAAGUACCAAACUGUACUGGCAUGUCUCCUCCAUCAGCCUCCAUUUUCUCAUGCAGGUAACUGGCCAUGAAUACCAACGGGAAAAAGGUAAGUUGCAGAACAUAAACAGAGGACGCAACUCGAUCGAAGACUGGAGCAAGUUGUUCGAAGCCUGGAGAAAGGUUUUAGAAGAUUUUUAAACAACGCUGAGUGCAGUGAAGGCUUGGUGUUUGAUGAAGGUAGUCGCUUUCAACCCUUCUUUAUAC